CGAAACUCUUGAGCUUCAACUUCUUCACAGAAUGACAGUUGAUCCUGGCUAUUUCAUAGCAUCUUUAUUCACUUUUUUCAUUUUUUGCAUGGUCAUUGUGGGUACCGUACCCCAAUUGAGAGUCCUAUUGACCUAUGGUAAAACCUUAUCUCCUCAAUCUUCCAAUUUCUCUUUGAUCGAUCUUGCUACUUCGUUGACGGUUCCCAAAUCUUUCUUCACUCAUUACUACGUCUUCUUCACCUUGAACUUACUCGUGCUCAAACUCACCAUCAUUGGUUAUAAAUACACUGACUAUAUUCCGAUUAUUGAUGAUGUCAACUACGAAUUAUACUCAAUUUUUUACUGGUUCUACAUUCUUCAAGCCAUAAGAAGAUUCUCCGAAUCAAUUUUUAUAUUCAAUUAUGGGGAAAAUUCAAAAAUGAACGUUAGUCAUUACAUCUUAGGGAUUGGUUAUUACCUUGUUGUUUCCUCAAACGCUAUUUUAUCCUUAGUCCAAUAUGAAAAUUCUCCAUCCUUCGAAUUUAACUUAUUGAAUUGGAAAAUCGUGCUUCCCUUUGUUAUCUUCUCCCUAGCUUCCAUUGAUCAAACUUUAAACCAUAUCCAUUUGGCCCUGUUGGUCAAGUAUACUAACCCUUCUAAAGGUUUGUUCAAAUAUAUCGAUUGUCCUCACUACUUUGAUGAAAUCAUCAUCUACUCAACCUUCCCCUUGACCAUCUUGUUAUUCAAAGGACUCCAAAGUUGGAAUAUCUACGAUAUAAACUUGGUUUUGGACUGGCUCUUUGUCAUAACCAUUUUAUCAAUCAGCUCCCAUUCCAGCCAUAAAUUCUACCAAAAAAAAUUCGAUGACUACAAACAAAGAUGGUGCAUCUUCCCCGGAAUCUUCUAAGUAAUACAUAAUCAUCCCCCUAUAGACAUGUAGU